UGCUGGAACUGAUGGGACUCCUUUGCCUGGCUAGGGUGGCCAGGGUUAGUACUGAGAUUUUUGUUUUUCCUUCUGUGCUGGCUGUAGUAAAGAGUCCAAGUCCAGGGAAGUCUCUCAGCCCCGUGCUGAUGUGCAAGGUGUGUGGAGACACAAGCAGUGGGAAACACUAUGGUAUCUACGCUUGCAAUGGUUGCAGUGGAUUCUUCAAGAGGAGUGUGAGAAGGAAGCUCAUCUACAGAUGCCAGGCUGGUACGGGGAUGUGCCCUGUGGACAAAGCCCAUCGGAAUCAGUGUCAAGCUUGCAGACUGAAGAAGUGUUUGCAGGCUGGAAUGAACAAAGAUGCUGUGCAGAAUGAACGGCAGCCCAGAAGCACCGCCCAGGUACGGGUGGCCACUGCCGAACUAGACCCUGACAAGGAGAACAUCGCCACAACCAGGGAGACAACCUCGUCGUCUGCUAGCACCCACAGGCCGAUCUGCUCUAACAUCAGCUCCAGCCAAAGGCCCACCAGCCCACAAAACAACCACAGGUUCAUGGCUAGCCUGAUGACUGCGGAGACCUGCGCCAAGCUUGAGCCCGAGGAUGUGGAUGAGAACAUUGACGUGAUGAGUAAUGAGCCUGAGAGGACAUCCACUGAGUGCCAGAUGUCCACCUACCCGCCCAGCAGCCCCGAGAGUGUGUAUGAAGCUUCCGCCAGGUUGCUCUUCAUGGCAGUGAAAUGGGCAAAGAAUCUCCCAGUGUUCUCCAACCUACCCUUCCGAGACCAGGUAAUCUUGUUGGAGGAAGCGUGGAAUGAACUCUUCCUGCUCUGUGCCAUCCAGUGGUCCAUGCCGCUGGAUGGCUGCCCUUUGUUAUCCUUACCAGAACUCUCGCACAGCCCUCAAGGAAAGAGCAGCUCUACCAUGGCAGAUGUCCGCAUUCUGCAGGAGACCAUAAACCGCUUCAAGGCCCUUGUUGUGGACCCCACAGAGUUUGCCUGCCUGAAGGCUGUGGUGCUGUUUAAACCAGAAACACGAGGGCUGAAGGACCCUGAGCAGGUUGAGAAUCUGCAGGAUCAGUCGCAAGUGAUGUUGGGUCAGCACAGUAGGACACACUACCCAAUUCAGCCAGUCAGGUAAGGAGAUGUGGAUCUCAGAGAAACACACUGCUGGUUAACUACAACCAUUUCUUGCUCAUACCAAAAACAACGUCAGCUUCAGAUAUAAAUGUGGAAAGUCUCAUUACACGUCACACGCACUAGUUACGAAACAAAACAGAAGUGGAGACAGGCCUUCCAUUAAUGCUCACCAUAAUGUUAAGGCAUCGCAACCUCAUCCUUCUUCAAUCAUGAGAAAUGUUAACUCCUGGGGGAGGCAAAGAAAAAUGACUAAGGCUAAAUUUAACUUUUCUCCUCUCUCGUUUAUCAUACUGUUCACAGUGUACUAUGUUUAGAUAUACUGACUGUUGUGCUGCAGCAAGUAAGAAUCUCAUUGUUCUAUGUGGGACAUAUGACAAUAAAACACUCUUGGCUUGAAUUUUCUACAAUAAUCAAAUCAGCUCAUGUGACCAACAUUUAACAAUGGUUAGAAAUACGACUGUGCAGAACAAGUUUUUUGCAAAAUCUGGUGGAUACCAAGGGAAAUGACUUGCAUUGAUUUCCCUCAUUCAAACCUUUCACUGUCCUUUUCCAAGAAGAAAGUCAGUCAUCCUCUUAAAACAUAUAUUAAAACAUUAUCAUAACAUGUAAGAAAUUAAAGCCUGCAAAACAGCAGCACUUACAGUGACAGAUAUCCCAGUGUCUCUCUCAGCUCUUAAAAACCUUCAGUAUGAAUUUUAUUCCUAUUUUAACAUAUUCUUGGGCCAGCCUCCCCGCUCUCAGCGUCCAUUUUGAACUUUGUUCAUGGCAAAGAGCUCCAUCCCUCAAAAUGGCUGUCAUGGUGAUCAGUUUUUCAUCCUUUCAACAGCAUUAUUGAUCAUUGCACAAUCACAGAAAUGAGCCCCCAACUCUGCACAUAUUAACCAACUGGUUCUGCCUCGCGUGGAAUGAUGCAUUCAAUUCUGAGUGCCUCUCUCAAGGAUAUCAAGACUGCAGAAAAGGCACAGGAGAGAUUUACCAGAAUUAUACCAGGGAUAAUAAUAAUAAUAAAUAAUAAAUUUUAUUUAUGGGAGCAAGAGUCUCAAGGACACCUUACAAAAAUGAUGAAAGACAUCAGUUACAUGAAGAGAUUAGAAAAGCUAGGAUGGUUCACCUGAUUGCAGAGAUGGCCAAGGGCAGAGUUAAUUGCAGUGUUGAAAUAUGCUGGGUUUUAAUAGAAUUCAUUAUCUCACUGGUGGAAGCGUUGAUAAUAGAGCAGCAAUCAGUGGUUACAGGUUUAAGGGGAGAGGAAAGGAACUUAAGCAGCAGGAAGUUUUAUGUUUUGUUUUGUUUUAUACACGCAGUGGGGUUUACGGAAACACCGGCCCAGAAGGGAAGAAGAAUUAUACCAACUGGCAAAAAAACAAAUAUACCUUUACCUGAAAAGCAAAAUAAAAAAUCUGGGAUGAACAGAGAAAUGGAACUAAGUUGAUAAAUCUUUAAUAGAGACAAUGGUCUGCUGCUGCAGAUUGAGUGCUUCGUACACUAAGAUAUUUUUGAUUCUAUCAACAUGGAUGGAGAAAUUUACUAUGCUAAUCAGGAUCAUCCAUUCAUGUGGUGAAACAAAAUAUUAUAUAUCUGAACACUCAGAGAACCCUACAAUAUUCAGUGGGUAAAGCAAUGGGUAUAUGGAGAAACAGUUUAAUAUUUAACGUAAAUGAAGUUUCAAAUCUUUUUAUUUCAUAUUUCCAGUGGGAAAAUCCAGAAGUCUAUACUGCGUGUCAUUGGCACAUAUUAACUUGCAAAAAUCAGUUUGAACCUGUAUGUUAUCCAAGUGAUUUACUGGCUUGAUGUUCCCCCUCAACCUCUCAAUAUUGAUAGCUACCCUGCAUAACUACAUAACGUACCUACACAAGUAUUUCCUAUUACUAAUUUAUUCAGAUUUUCUUCAUGUUUACUGGGAUAAUCACACAACUCUGAGUGGCCUUCAGAAUGUACGCACCACAGUCACCAUAACUAAAUGCAUUCCGGAUUCAUGCUCUAUAGCCUGACUGACAUAUUGCAAAAUUCAACUAUAAAUCUAACAGGCAUUCCUGCAAGUGAAAUAUUAAACCCUGGCCCCCAGCAGUUUUCUGAGUUUUAAGAUACGGUGGCAUUUAUGUACAAGGAGUUUCUAUAUCAACCAUCAUAACAAUGUGGUAGGCAUUUUAGCAACAAGAACAUGUGCAUUAUUCAUUCCAUGGUGAUUGAUAAAAAAUACACCUCUUGAUGCUCCUGAACACAUCGUCAGUGAUGUAACCUGGGGUCAUUGGGUGUAUUAGGUCUUUCAACAUUAGACACCCUCACCCAGGCAACCCAGCCGUGAUUGAUCAGACCACGACUUGUGUUCAGGUGGCAUUCACUCCUCCCCAUGUACUCUGGGUAUUUCCAGACUAUUAUAAGACACUAUUUAAAUACAGCAUCUCUCUAUUUAGCUUGUUGUUGUCAAGUCUAUUGAUUUGGUAUUGGUAUUGGUUACUUUUGCCAUUUGUACCUAGAUAGAAACAUAGAAAAUAGGUGCAGGAGUAGGCCAUUCGGCCCUUCAAGCCUGCACCGCCAUUCAAUAUGAUCAUGGCUGAUCAUCCAACUCAGUAUCCUGUACCUGCCUUCUCUCCAUACCCUCUGAUCCCUUUAGCCACAAGGGCCACAUCU